UAAAUAAAAAUAUAUGGUUUAAUUGUAUGAUAUGCGUAAUAUUUCAGAUUAAAUAAGCAUUUCAAAUAUUUGUUAAGUAUUCUUUUCUUUAGUGUAUAUCCGUAUAAAAAUUAAAAUAUAGUUCCGCGCAGUUGAUAUUAUUGUUUGUAAACAGGUCUGCUAAUCCUCUUAGGGAUAAACGAUGUCUUUAACUGGCCAGGGUUAGGGAUUUGAAUGUUAUUGAAAUGUUAGGCGCGCAAAGAUCGGAUGUGUCGCUGUAUCUCUAUCAGACGAUUCAGUUUUGAUGCAUGGUGACAUUUGAAAACUCCUUCACUUAUCUCAUCUGAGCAUUUCCUGAAGUUUUUCCUCAUGCCGUCUGUUCACGUUAAUCCGCCCUUCUUAGGCUUUAACAUAUUGUAUAUUACUCAGGCGUUUUCAUGAGUUUAAAAGUCUUCGAUUGAACUUUCGAAUCAAUAAGAUGGAUUUCCAUGCUGCAAUGGAGACCUUCGCUGAGGCAUGGGUGGCUGCGAACACCCCGACAGCUGUCAAUGCAAGCGAGAUUCCCCAAGCUGCACCUGCAGAGGAAAUACCUUCACAAAUUCAGAUGGAGCAAAGAAUAAAAAAGAAGAGCAACACCAAUUUCCCUGGCCAGGGGCUGGCUGCGACUGCUGCAACUGGAGUGAAAUCUUUGCCAAUCCAUUGUGUCAUUGAACAAACAAGUGGACCUUUGACCUUUGAACCAGAUAACACUGCCACCUAUAGUGUAGAACUGGACACCUACGCCAUACUUCCAUGUACUACCCUGUUUACGGAGCUUGUUCGGACAGCCCUUAUCAAGCUUGGUUACAACGCAAAUGAGGCCAUGAAUGCUAAAGGUGCUAUUCAGAUUAAGAAUUGGAAGCCGCUGAGUUUUACCUCCAUAACAGAAGACAGCAAGACUACCAUAGAGGACAUUUUGGGUGAUCUGACUCAGACUGCUAAACUCCGCAUUCGACUCUGCAGCUCGACUAAACUCAGCUCAACAGAUGAGAUUAAAGGGAAGUUACUCCAGCUACUACUUACCCAAUCUCAUGGCAUCCUCAUGAGCUCAGGCUGCCCUAUUGAAAAAGAUUUGUUGGCAUCCUUGAGUAAAGGAGACAGCUUUUCACAUCUGCCUCUAGAAAUCAGAAAGUCCUUUGACAAGUGGUACCAAGACCUGCAGAAACACAGUGAGGAGACCAGGCAAUCUAACGCCUCUACUCCUGAAAAGAACCCGCCAUCUCCUCAAAGGGAACAACAAAGUUUUAUGACAAACCAUACCCCACUUCAUGGUAAAACCAGAAUGAGAACUUCAUUUGAUCCAGAGCAUGAAAUUCCCCGUCUGCAGAAAUGGUUUUCAGAAAACCAGCAUCCUCCAAGGGAAGUCAUGAUCAAAUACUUAGAGGAGCUGAAUUCCCUGGAUUCAAGAAAAGGAAGAAGACCUUUGGAUCUGACCAACAUCAUUUACUGGUUUAAAAAUGCCAGAGCAGCUCAUAGGAGGGCUUCAAAGUGCUUUGAUGGUGACAACUCGUUUGAGGGUGAUGAAGUCGCAGAUGAAAAUACUAAUGUUCCAGAUAAUGGUUGUUUCAUGGGUACAAGAGGUCUUCCUUACAUGUUACCCUAUCCGUUCCAGGGUAUUUAUGGUCCCCAUGAUAUAUUAGGAGAUGCUCUGAAAGAGCCUUGUGACCUCUCCCAAGCAGGUCAAAGAGCAAGGAUGAAUAAUAGCUUAAAGAGAGAAGAUGAAGUAGAUCAUGCAAGUAAAGCUAACACUGAGAAAACGGGAACAGAAUCAAAAUGUUCUGAUGCAGAUGUGGAUAAAUCGGAUGAUGACAGAAGCAUUGAGGGACAGGAGGUUUCAGUCAAAAAAGAAAACGCUGCUUCAUCUGAUGGUGAAAAGACUUCAGAAGUAGGGGAUGCACCUUACCUGCCAAACAGGAAUGCUGUGUACAUUCUGCCUCACCAAUAUAGCCAGUAUAAAAACAGCCAUGCUGAUGAUGAAGACGAACCAAGGGAACCUUGUGAUUUGUCAAAUUCAUAUAAAUCUAGUCAAGUGAAGAAGGAACAAUUGGACACCUCUAACAAUAACAGGAAGAGAAAGAAUUUAUCAGAUGAUGAGCAGGAGAAAGAAAACUCAAAUGGCAAGGCAGAUUCAGUCAAUAAGUAUAAUACUGAGAGACGGAGGUCCUCGCAAGAUUAUCCAAGUCACUUCAGUCGCUCAAGCAAUGGAAAUUCAGAUGUUUUUCACUCGGGAUCUGAUGAAGAUGACAUAGAGUCAGAUAUAGAUGACAGCCAGUCCUACGCAGGGUCAGAAUCUAGUCAUGAAGCUAAAGAUGGUGUCCUUACAAGGGAAGGCCAUAUGGGCAAUUACAAUGCAAGUGCACUCUCACGACUGCAGCAGCAACAUGGUGCAGCAGGAUUACAUCAACCACUUCACAUUCCCCAUUUUCCUCAUCCCCUGGCCAUGACUUAUUUUCCCAUGAACAGUCAUUUUCUACAGCAGACGACACGAUACCAACAACAGCAGAAUUCACAAGCCAUGUCUAGUGACGAAUCUCCUACUGAUCAUCACAUUAAGUCAGGCAGCCUGAGCUCAUCUCAUCGCAAGCGUAGAACAAGAGUAUUCAUAGACCCCAUGUCUGAGAUACCCAAACUAGAGAAGUGGUUUGCAGAAGAUACCCAUCCAUCUUCCUAUAUGAUAGACAAAUACUGUGAAGAAUUGAACAAGUCCGAGUAUCGCCAAAAGUUCCCAAAGUUAGAGGCCAAAAAUGUACAACUGUGGUUCAAAAAUCACAGGGCCAAAGUAAAGCGGAUGAGGGUGUCUUCUGUGGACUUGCACGGAAUGGAAUAUAGAAUGGAAAAAUGUUGAGAUAUUUUAUAUUCAGUUUACCACUUAAUAUAAGGUCUACACUUGCAUAUUUCAUGGAUACAGUCUGUCAGAAUGCUACACUUUUAUUUUUGCUAUGGAGGCAUGGAGAAAAAUUUGUUUUGCAAAUAUACAGUUUAUGUGAAAGAUUGAAGGAAAACCUGCUAAUUUCUCUGGAGAAAAAUACUACUUUUGGUAAACAUAUCAGGUAUCUCUGUAAAUGUCAGCCGUAUCCCCAGUUUGCACUUGUUGAGGAUGAGUGAUAUAAUAGAUAAAAUUUGUUAUUAUCAUUUGAAAUGUCAGGUUGUAUGUUUUCAUUGUAGUGGUAAUUAUGUUAAAGAUAUUAUUCUAAUAUCCUUCCCCAUGCAAGUACAUGUUUAUCAUCUGGGAUUAUUUACAAUUCUCAUGAAACUACAGCAUAAUUUUUUGUUUUCAGAUUGAAAAUUCAUAUUAUACAAUGAGUAUAUUGUACAAAGAACUAUGGGUCUAUAGACCGAUAUUGUUAAUUUAUAGAACCUUUGUAAUUUUUUUGUUAGCAAUGAUGAUCUUUUAUUACAUGUAGUUUACAUAUUGUUCUGUGUGGUUGAAGGUGCUAUUUAGGAAAAAAAAUCUGAAUCAUGUUUUUAACAUUUUAACUUUUUUUAUUUCAAGGAUUGCUUUCAUAACAUCACUGCCCUCAAAUUAGCAAUGUGAAAGUUCAUAUUGAUGCAUUUAUUAAUCAAAGAAAAUGUGUUGCAUUUUAAUUUCUUCAGAUAAUACGCAUGUAAACCAGUACAACAUCUUGACUUAUCUACUUACACUUAAGUUUUAUAAUUUUGAUUUUAAAUUGAAUAUUGUUUUUAUCAUUUUAAAUGACAUAGCUACAUGGUAUCAGCCCAUUUAUUCGCUGUUCUUCAUUAACAGUUUCCAAGAGACCAAGUCGAUACUCACAUUGAGAAUUCAUGCAGGGGAUAAUUUUUACAAUGUGAGCUUUAAGCUUUAUCUUACCAUAGCUAAACAGGGUACAGAAAAAUGUUUUUAAAAAUCUGCUAAACUUGUUUCAUUUUACAUUCCAGUUGACAAAACCAAAUUAGGUUGCUCCAUCGGCAGAGAGAAUAAAUAUAGCAUUACGACAUUCUCUUUUUAUUAUGAUAACAGGUGUCACCUAUGUCACCUAAAAUAGAACUUCAAAUGCCUGAAUCUGGCUUUAAAAGAGUUUGGAAUAUUUGGACUGUUUGGAAUUUUUCCCAGCACUUGCUGAUUAGUGCAACUAUACUUUUUCUUAUUGACAAAGACAUGUUGUCUGCAUAUCAAAUAUAUGUAUAUUUUGGUUAUAAAUAUUUUAUUAGAAUACUUCAUCAAGCUCUAAUCACACAUUUUCAUUGUUUGUAAAAGAUUUUACUAGAUAUUAUGAUGAAGUUAACAGCUGCUUACUGAAUACAAAAAUGCAUGUCAGGGGUGUGGAUUUUCCUCAUUUCAGAGGAAAUCCUCUGAUUGGCUCAAUUUUUGAAAACAUGAAACACUCUGGAUUUGAUCUAAGGUGACAGAAAAUGAUAUUUUUCAAGGUAAGAUGGGGUGUUUUCCUCCCUUUUUGACCAGUUUUCCUCUGAUUUCUGAGGAAUUUAGUUACAGCCCUGAUAUGUGAAUAUCAACUAAGAAAAGCAGGAAAUCUCCCAUGUUUCAUUGAAAUUGUUAAGUCCAUAUUAACAACAAAUCUCUAGCUCUCUCUUCAUUCUCUUUCCAAGAUAAUGUUUGAAUAAUUAUGAGUAACAACACACCACUCUGUGGCAAUUUGAUUGGGCGUUUUGCAUUAGAAAUUGUGUGUUUUACUGGGCCCAAUGUUAUGAUUUCCAUUCUUAGCAUGUUUAAAAAUACGUCAAUAACAUCUCCAUAUCGAUAAGUGAUUGGUGAGAGUUUACUCUAUGUAUUCUUAUAUGCUAAGUUUAAUUUUACUUUGGGUAUACUUUAAAAGUUAGUAAUUUUGAAAAUUACGUUUUACACUUUUGCAAAUAAUAUUUUACUUGUGACAUUUUAAAAUUGAAUUCAGCCAUGUAGACAGUAAAUACGUGUAAGGGAAUUAUUAAGUUUAUAAGGAUAGAAUCUUUCCUUUCAUUAUUUUUCAUAGAUUAGAUCCUGGUGAAGUAUUCCAGUGGAAAAGUUGUACUUAAAAUUUGAAAGCUUCCUGUUUGCAUGAUUUCUGUAAGAACCGCUUCACACAGACGUCAGAUGAGGGAUUCAUUUGUAUACCUUUCACUUUUAGGCUUCAAUUAUCUUGCUUUUACUAGUGUUCUCAGUCACCGUGUAAUAAUUAUUUGUACUCAAACAAGCAUUGCCUUUCUGAUUAUUUAACAGUUUAGGUGUUUGUGUAGUUUCAAUGAAUAUAUAGUCUUUUUAACCUUUUUUAUGAUGAUUAAUUUUCAUGAAGUAAACUUAUCAUGCAUUGAAUAUUCUGUAAAUGCUCAUAAAAUACCUCAGAAUUUUGAGAUUCUUUUGGGGGAAAAAAAAGUAACCUGAUUUAAAAGAAAAAAAAUUCACUGAAUGAUGAAAAGAUUUUGACUUGUGUAAUUACAUCAUGUUUCAUUAAUUUUGUAUGUAGAUUUAUUCAUGCAGAAGCCAAGAAAUUCUACCUUCCGCUCCCAAGAAAUCAGAUAUCAUACAGUUAUUUUACAUAUCUAUGAUUUGAAAGAAAAAAAUAUUGAUUAUCCUCCCAGUUGUUAUGUUGUGCUCAAUUUUAUUUGACUUGUUGAGUUUUUAAACGAGUCCAUUUUCUUCUUUUUUUCUGACAACAGUGUUUAUUUUCUCACUGAGCUCUACACCACGAUGCCAGUUUUUCAAGUGCGACAGAAAUUGGCGAAUAAAAAAAUCAUACGAUUUUGAAAUUUUAGUCUCUAAACAUUCCAUUGAAAUUUGAAAAGAGAAUUUAUUUAUGGAGAUUUAUUGUCAGCAAGUUUAUUUUUACAAUAGGUUAUUAAAAUCAGAAAAGUAACGAGGUUAAUACAUGAUUUGGUGACUUAGGUUUUAUGUUUUCGUAAGGUCAGUAUUAAUUUUUGAGGAGGGCUUUUUAUGAGAUGGAGCAUAAAUGUACCAAACAUACCGAAUUUUGUUAAUUAUGUAUUAGUAAGUGCUAUAAUCAAUAUUAUAUAACAUUUUCAAUCAAAUUAUGUAAUAAUUGUGAGUGAUUGUCUUAAUUUAGUCUACCGAAUGACUUCUUAUUUUUUUAAGUUCUUAGAUCUAUAAUUUAUUUUAUUUUAUUUGUGUAUUUAUUGUAAUGAUUACUAUUGUAUUUUUAUUUGCUACCGAAUUGUUAUUUAAGGGGACUCGCAACAUUCAAGCAUUGGACACAUGUACAAUUCUAUGUAUUCUUUUGAUAUACUGUAGUUUUUAAAACAACCAAUAUGAAUAACUCCGUCUUUCUUUCUUUCUUUUGUUAUUUAAAGAAACUUAAUUUUUUAAAGAGAUUUAAGUAUAUGUGCAAUUUUGUUCGUAAUUGCAUAUACAUUUGAAAAUUUAAUCUGUCAUCAAUUUUUAUAAUCCAUCUCAAAAUACACUCUGAUAUGUACAUGGAUAAUGAAAAAAGAUGUAAUUUGAUUGAGUCUCCACGAAAGCUUUUGUUUUACUCACCCUGUCUUACUGCAGUCCAAGUCAAACCUGUUACUCUCAAGUGCUGAAAAAAAAGUAAAAAAAAAAAAAAGUUUAAAUAUUGUUAACAGGUUAGUUUAAAAGGGUUAUGGGCAAUAGAUUUAAUGUCUUAACAUUUAUGACUUUGUUCUACUCAAUUUUGUUCUUGAUUCCUUGGAUAGGAAUGUGUUCAUGAUUUGUUAUUGGGAAUUUAUUGUGGAUCAUUAUAUACGUCCACACAAAAUGUGCAUCUAUGGUGGUUGUUUGUAGAACCCAUUUUAUUAGCUGUGUUUUGCCUUAUUUGUAGUUCAGAUAUUGUAGAAUAUCAUCUUUUUUGUUGACUCUAUAAUUUAUAGAGACAUUUUUUUUUUCCUUUGUUAGUAACUGUAAAAUUAUGAAAGGUAGUAGGUAUUCUAUGUUAAAUUCAGGUGGAAUUUCAUGUAUAUCUUUAUGUAUGUGAUCUUUUUACAUUACAUGUAUGUUGCAUUCUGACGCAGAACUGAGAACGAACAAAAGAAAGGAUUUAUAUGGAUAACUUGUUAAUUAUGCACUGAGAUUAAAUCUUUUGUUCUUAACAAUAGUUGCCUUUGCAUUUCAUUAUCAGGAAUUUUAUACAAAAAAGUACAGAAGCCAAAAAUUUGUUGUUAUGUCAAAUAUAUGCAAUAAAAAUAUGAUCGUCAGA